UACAAAACCCUCAUUUUUAAAUCCAUGAAGCAAACGACCCUUAAUGUGGUGAUUCUGGAUAGUUAUUGAGGGAAUUGUUAAAAAUAAAUGAACUGGUAGACUAUCCCGUAUCCAUCAAAAUACCCGACCCGACCCGACCGGUACCGUAGGCCGUAAGCCCGUAACCCACAAAUAGGUAUGGGGAAAUGAAAUCAUACCAGAAACCUGAGUCUGGGGAGGCUAGUGGGCAACUCGACUCAUCCAUUACCAAAGCAGAAGCACGCAGUGGGAGAUGAAGACGACGGUGGCGACGGUCGUCGGCCAGCUUCCGGCGCGCCUCACCAUGUACCCUUCGCCCUUCUCCUCCAUUUCGGCUGUCGCCGUCACUAAAACGGCAAUGACCACAGCCACAGCCGCGGCCACCCUUCAGGACAUUGCCUCCUCUCAUCCUAAAGGUUUUGCGAAUGUGGUGCUGAAGAAAGGGAAGACCCAGCUGUUCAAGGAAGGCACGCCAAUGGUGUUCAGUGGAGCCGUGGACAGGAUAAUUGGCCGCCCACCUCCCACAACCGGCGACGCCGUCCUUGUCUCUGACGCCACCGAAAAGCCGAUUGCCUGGGGACUCUACAAUUCCGCCUCCAUGUACGCCGUCCGGCUUAUGCAGCUUGAACACGAAGCAAUUAGUGAUCCUUGUUGUGCUCUCAACAUGGAGAAGCUGCUUCAGUCCAGGAUUGCUGAAGCUGUAGAGCUACGUAAGAGGCUUGGGCUUCCUUCUCGCCUCACCAAUGCGUACAGACUCGUUAAUGGCGAAGGAGACAGAUUGUCAGGAUUGAUAGUCGAUAUCUUUGGGGAUUUGGCUGUGGUGGCAUCUUCUGCUGCUUGGGUUGAGAAGUACAGACAGGAGGUGGAGGCAUGCAUCAGUUCAAUCGACGGAGUUAAUCAUAUCAACUGGAGACCAUCCCUUGAAAUCCUAAAGAAAGAAGGUCUGGAUGUUGCCACUAUCAAACCAGACAUUCAACCUUCCUCUUGUCCUGAAACAACACAGGUGGUCGAAAAUGGGAUUUCAUACGCAAUAUCAUUGGCGGGCCAAAAGACUGGAUUUUAUGCGGAUCAGCGCGAGAGCAGACAUUUCAUAUCAACAAUUUCCCAAGGCCAGAAAGUUGCUGAUAUUUGCUGCUACAGUGGGGGUUUUGCUCUCAAUGCUGCCAGGGGAGGUGCCAUAGAUGUUACAGGUGUUGACACUUCGCUGCCUGCUCUGGAACUCGCCAGCCAAAAUGUGGUCCUCAACAACCUUGAUCCAGAAAAAAUAUCGUUCUUGAAAGAAGAUGCAGCUCAGUUUAUGAAGGGCGCUAUUGCCAGGAAUGAAUCGUGGGAUAUUGUUAUUCUGGAUCCUCCUAAGCUCGCACCUUCACGAAAGGACCUGCGGAGUGCAUCUGGUAUGUACAGAAAUCUCAACACCCUAGCCAUGAGACUAGUGAAGAGAGGUGGCCUUCUCAUGACUUGUUCGUGUUCAGGAGCUAUGACGCAAAGUGGAACGUUCAUGCGCAUACUCCAGGGUGCUGCAUUGACGGCUGGGAAGAAGAUUACCAUUGUCCGCCAGGCUGGAGCAGCAUCUGACCACCCGGUCGACCCAUCCUACCCAGAAGGAAUGUACCUCUCAAAUAUACUCCUUAGGGUCGUUUGAUGCCAAUUGCCAUGACAAAAACCAUUGCUGUGCUGUACAAUUUGAAUUUGUAUCGUUCCCAAGGUUUUCAGUUUGUAGCGUAGGAUGCUCUGAAUAGACACUCUAUUAUCUCUAUUCCAGGAAAUUAUAGUUUGGCCUUUGACAUCUUUCUCGAAUACAUUAGUCGGAUACAUCAACCAUAUGUCCAUAUUCGUGUUAUCCCUCCAGGACUUCUGUUCUGUAAUAGAUAAAGAGGUCUUUAAGGCGCCUGAA